UGAAAACCUUCCACUUCCCACUGUAGACAUUUUAAUUACAUUAAAAAAAAAAAAAACUUAAUGAGUCUUUCAGUAUAUUAGCCUUACAGUUUGGGUAUACACAGAGUGCAAUAAGCAGAUUUUUUUCAAAAUGCUUACCUUUAUUGGCAAUGAAGAUGAAAGAGUUGAUAAUAUGGCCAACAACAAAAGAGAUAUUUAAAAAUUUGCCUAUUGCAUUCAGGGCCAGGUACUCUAAUGUUGUUUCUAUAAUUGAUUGCCUAGAAAUUCAGAUUGAAAAAGCAUCCAAUGCAGUCCAUCAAUCACUUAGUUGGUCACAAUAUAAAAAAUGUAACACAUUGAAAUAUUUAAUUUCUUGUACACCUGAUGGAUUGGUUAACUUUACCUCUGUUGGAUACAGUGGCAGGGCAACGGACGUAAUGAUAGUGGAAGACUGUGGUUUUUUUGACUGUUUGCCACCUAAAACUGCAGUUAUGGCUGACAGAGGCUUUAAAGAAAUAUCACAUUUGCUAGAAAAAAAGCAAUGUACACUUAUACGACCUCCUUCUGUUUUCAAGUCUACUGCCAGUGCAAAAGAAGAUGUAAAACAGUCAAAAAGAAUAGCAGCAUUAAGGAUUCAUAUAGAACGAGUUAUAAAUAGAUUAAGGGAAUUUCACAUGUUACUGCCUCAUGCAUGUGUUGACCAUAGCUUAAUCCCUAUUAUAGAUGAAGUUAUAAUCAUAGCUAGUGGUUUGAUUAAUAUUCAGGAUGUUUUAAUAAAAAAAUAG